AUGUUGGAUCACCGAGCAUUUGUACCAUUACCAAAGAUUUUGAUACUGGGACGAACGACUCUCAGAAGUCAUAUUAGCUCAUCAAAGAUGCUUCAAGGCUUCAUAUUAGCUUCAGGUUGCAAAACUGUUUACGUGUAUCGCAAUCCAAAAGAUGUUCCAGUUUCCUUGUGGAAAUUUGCGAGGUACUGGAAAGCAAGAUUAGAAUGGCCUCAUAGGGUGCUAUUGUUGAGAUAUGAGGACCUGCAGACUGAGCCUAUUGUCCAUGUCAAGACACUAGCCGAAUUCAUGGGGCAGCCUUUCUCUUUGGAGGAUGACCAAGAAGGCGUGGUACACAAAAUGAUAAAGUUGUGCAGUUUUGAGAACUUGAGCAAUUUGGAGGUGAAUAAGAUUGGAACACCGGCUGCUUCCCCAACCUGUGUGCGUGCAAAUGAUGUAUAUUUUAGAAGAGGUAAGGCUGGAGAUUGGAAGAAUCAUUUAACUACUGAGAUGGUGGAGUGUUUAGAUCGAAUCACCAAGGAGAAGUUCGAGGGUACUUGGGUGAAACUCUGA